AUGGCUACGCAGAGCUGCUACCGCACCGACACCGCGCAGACGAAUGCCGGACAGCGUCUCGCCCGACAGAAUGCCAAGUCGGCCGGCAGCACCGACAGCCGGGACACCAGCAAGACCACGCCCAACAAGCCGAAACUACCGGCUGUCAUGUGGAGCUUGAUCUUAGACUUCGCAGGGACCAAGCACCGGCUCAUCAUCAGACACAACGACAAAGAUGAUCCCGAAGCAUUGCUUCAAACGCAACUCUUGACGCGAGCGCUGCAAGAAGCUGGCCUCAUACAUCGUUGGAGAGUUACGAUGCAAUGUCAGCUCCGUCGAUGCAUCCAUUGGUUCCAGCUGGAAAGCAGAAGAUGGAGUCUGUCAUGCACCAACUCGUUGCUAGCCACUCAGAAAGCCAUAGGCAACCAGCUUCGUGAGAUGACAUUGCCCAACGAGAGUAACGCCUUUCCGAACUGGCACGACAAGCAGAUCAAGCCCAUUCGAUCAGAAUACCUAGAAAUGGAAGCAGAGUUCCAAAUCGUGUUGACCGGAGCAGAUUUCCACCGCCUGACGUGGAGAUGGAUCGUCCAGAGGGCCAUUCCAAGCCUGAAGUCACCCGUCAUCCGGCAGCGACAAGCAACGGCCAUGGCUUCCCCCAAGGCAAAGCGCUUGAAGAACGACGGCGACCACGAAAGAAAGAAGCACAUCACCCCAAGCUCUUCAGACAGGAUCACCCUGGAAAACCAGGGUUUGGGCAAACGCCUGCCGCCAAAAUUGCUCCGGCUCGACACGAGAGCAACGGAAUUUCCGCUUCGACCUGCAGAACUUCCGGCAUACCUUCCGGAAGAGUUCAUUGCGGAUCGAUUGCGAGAAGUGAAUGGCCAUGCUCGGGAUCGAGAUCUCUCCUUUUGCGCCAAGGAGCACGUUUACUUUUGGAAAGGGCACAGAAUCGAAACGUCCGUGACCCAAAUGGUUCAUUCGUUCACAGAGCCCUUCUGCGAAAAUCGAGUGAUCCAAGCCAUGAUGCAAGGAUCGCGCUGGCCUCGCCCGGGCUACUUGAAACCCUUGUCAACCAACGAGCUCUCCAAGAUCCUGCAACACGCCCCCGGCACCGAACCCAUCCGAACAGAGCUGGCGAGCGAGAACCUGCAAGACGAAGCCGAUGUGUGCGGGCUACUACAAGCGCUGAGGCAAGAUUCAACCGACCGGAAUCAAAAGCAACGGCAGGUCCUGGAGGACACGUUGCGGACCGUGUGUAUGUCGGAGUCCGAAAUCUGCAGCAAAUGGGAGACAGCAAGAAACACUGGCGCACGGGAAGGAACUUGGAUGCACGCUCAGUUCGAAUGCUUGCUAAACGGAGGUUCGGUGCCCUCCCAAACACCCGAAAUCGCGCUCUUUCUGCGAUUCCUACGCCGCCACCCGGAUAUGGUCGCAUACCGGACGGAAUGGCGAGUCUGCGCAGACAGAGAAGACAUUGCUGGCAGCAUCGACUUCGUCGCAGAGCUCCAGGACGGAAGCAAGAUGUUGGUAGAUUGGAAGCGCACACGCAGCAUGAGCAAGAAGAGUGAAGCCUUCGGCAAAUUCCUACGUCCACCCUUGAAUUCCGUGCCCGACUGCGCCCUGUGGCAUUACCGCUUGCAGCUCAAUGUUUACCGCUACAUCGUCCAAGAGUACUACGGCCAAGUCGUGUCUUUCAUGUACAUAGUAGGCACGCACCCUGACAACGGCGACGAGCCCUGGGUCGAGAACGUACCGGUUCUGCACCACGAAACCCAAGCAAUGCUCCUUGCCUGCGCCGCCAAAAAGAAAAAGCCGCCGCCUGUUGAAGAUUCAGCAUCGCAAAAACGCAGUCCUACAGCAUGCCGCGUCGAGCUCGGACCACAGAAGCCAGAGCCGUAUUGGAACAAGCGAUCAGGCAUGCCAUGGCAAAAUCGCUGCAACACGAUCGUGCCGCUGCUGCCUCCCUAUCUCGAAAAGGCAGACCUGAUACCGCUCCUCCAGAUGGAUUCGAGAACGAGGGACGGAAGCGCCAAGAUCGUUCCCCGCAUACGGCGCAUCAUCCACGAGCUGCGCUUCGCACUGCGACCCCUGGUGGACGGUCGACUGCGCCUUCCCGGCUUGGCCAACCCAUACAAACUUCGCGUUCGAGCAUCGCGGCCACACGAAAACUUUUGGAAGGACAUGGAUAGCCAUCCCCAAGCUUCCACGAUGGGGACGCAAGAAGCCGCCAGAAACUGGUUGGAACAGGCCGGACUCGGCAGCUUGAAUCCCGCCGAAGCCGUGCUGGUGAUCAACGCCUGGCCGAAAGCAACUCGAGCGGCGGGAAUGCUGGUCAGCGACUUCUUGACGGCUUCGCGAGCCCGGUUCUAUUACAUGCCGUCCGCAGAGAUCAACGACGGAGCCCGCCUCAUUAUCAUCUUCCGGAUAGAAGGAUUCGAAGGAUCCAUCGAGACGAGCAACCCGCCGAGAUCCAAUUAUGUGAUCGGGAGCGCUUGCAACUGCGAGAUAACAGAUAGCAGAGUCGCUGCGAGAGCCGAGGCGAACUUCCAGCGCGCGCCCGCCGGCCCGCAUAGCACAGGACGCAGCGCAGAAGCAAAAUAG